AUGUCCGCGGACUCUUCAUUAGUUACCGUUGUAACAUUUUUGAGUGAAGUUGAAAAGACACUAUUCUCAACAUCCACAUCUAAGACAUGUUAUCCAGCAACUACUUACGAUACAGAGAGCGGCGAAGUUUUCACCAUCUACAAUACCUGUAAUACAAACUGGACGCAGCCAACAACAACAGUUCAUGUGACCCAAAAGAGCACCAAUGUUGAGACCGAAGUUGUGACGAGUUAUGUGGAUUGA